GGGGGCGGAGCCAAGAGGGGGCGGAGGCGGUAGCAGUGGUGGAAUGCGGCGACGCGGGCGGUGGCGGCCCAGGUGCUGAUCCCCAGCUGCUCCCCAGCAUCUUCUGCUGGCAGCCAUGUCCACCUUCCGGCAGGAGAGCGUGGAGGAUUUCUAUGAGAUGGGAGAGGAGCUGGGCAGUGGGCAGUUUGCCAUCGUACGGAAAUGCCGGGAGAGGAAAACGGGUCUGGAGUACGCGGCCAAAUUCAUCAAGAAGCGCCGGCUGUCGUCCAGCCGCCGGGGGGUGAGCAGGGAGGAGAUCGAGAGGGAGGUGGACAUCCUGAGGGAGAUCCAGCACCCCAACAUCAUCACUCUGCACGACAUCUUCGAGAACAAGACGGAUGUGGUGUUGAUCCUGGAGCUGGUCUCAGGCGGUGAGCUCUUCGAUUUCCUGGCUGAGAAGGAGUCCCUGACAGAGGAGGAGGCCACCCAGUUCCUCAAGCAGAUCCUGGAUGGGGUGCACUACCUGCACUCCAAGCACAUCGCCCACUUUGACCUGAAGCCAGAGAACAUCAUGCUGCUGGACAAGAACGUGCCAAACCCUCGCAUCAAACUCAUCGACUUUGGGAUUGCCCAUAAGAUUGAAGCUGGGAAUGAAUUCAAGAAUAUAUUUGGGACCCCGGAGUUUGUAGCUCCGGAAAUUGUGAACUACGAACCCCUGGGGCUGGAGGCUGACAUGUGGAGCAUUGGGGUCAUCACUUACAUCCUGCUGAGUGGAGCUUCCCCUUUCUUGGGGGAAUCAAAACAAGAGACCCUGACCAACAUAUCUGCUGUCAACUAUGACUUUGAUGAGGAGUAUUUCAGCAACACCAGUGAGCUGGCCAAGGACUUCAUUCGCCGCCUGCUCGUCAAGGACCCCAAGAAGAGGAUGACCAUCGCUCAAAGCCUGGAGCACCCUUGGAUUAAGGUGAUCAAGAGGAGGAACGUCCGCAAUGAGGAGAGCUGCAAGAAGCCCGAGCGGCGCCGGCUGAAGACCACGCGUCUGAAGGAGUACACCAUCAAAUCCCACUCCAGCAUGCCACCCAACAACACCUACAUCAACUUCGAGCGCUUCUCCAAGGUCAUGGAGGAGGUGGCUGCAGCUGAGGAGAGCCUCCGGGAGCUGGAGAGGAACAAGAAGUCCUUCCAGGAAGACAUCGAGGCCCUGCUGUCCAUCUAUGAGGAGAAGGAGUCGUGGUACAAGGAGGAGAACGAGAGCAUCAGCCAGGACCUCCGGCAGAUCCGUCAGGAGCUGCAGAAAACGGAGGCCCUGAAGAAGCAGGCGCAGGAGGAGACCAAGACCGUGGUGCAGGUGGCCAACGGCCUCAAGAGGCGUUACCGAAAGCUGGAGAACCACUACGAGGCCUUGGCCAAGCAGGUGGCUUCUGAGAUGAAGUUUGUCCAGGAGCUGGUGUGGUCCAUCGAGCGGGAGAAGCUGCAGAGUGGGGAGGGGGACGGCAGCAUCCGCUAACGGGGCCGGGGCCGGGCUGGGCUGGGCUCCAUCCUUCCCAGAUCCCCCCACAGCAACAGGCAAGGGACCUUGGUGGCUCUGUGCCCUUGGUGGGACCAGUGCCCAAGGGACCUUGGUGGCUCUGCCCCUUGCUGUCCUGAGGAGCCACUCACCCAACAGCCUUCUGUAAAUGUCCCCAAGCUCUGCUGGGCUCGCUGUGGGGUGCUGGGGGCUUGUGCCUCCCUGGAGACCCCCACCUCGGGGGGCUUGAGUUGUGCUCGCCUGGGGUUUGGCUUCCUGCCUGCAGCUCUUGCUUGGCUUGCCAUCCCCCUGCUCCCUGUGCUGCCCUGGCUGCUCCCCCCCACUUGCUGCCCCAGUGCUCAGGGACCAGUUCUCCCCAUCCCAUUUGGGGCCUGGGCCUCACCAGUGCCCUGUCCAGGGGGGUCCUGGUGGGGAGACCCCUCCUCUAAACCCUGGCAGCAGCUCAGCAUCUGCCACGUGCAAACCAUGACCGAGGACCAAUUCCUGCGUGACACUACAGCCCCGUGGGUGACCCCAGCUGUCCCCUGCUCCCCCCUGGAGCAUCUCACCCCCCUGCACCCUCCCCAGCCCUUGCUUUCCUCCCUCAGCUCUCCCCCCUUUAACCAAAUAAAGGUUUUUGUGCACCGGG